AUGUCGGAACCUACACCAUUACCAUUUAUCUACCAGUUUCUCUCUGGAGCAGUUGCUGGUGUCUCUGAGAUUCUUGUAAUGUAUCCAUUGGACGUGGUCAAGACUAGGCAGCAAUUGGAUUCUACGGGUGAAGUCGGCGGUACUCUCAAAUGUUUAAGAACAAUUGUCAAAGAGGAAGGAUUUUCACGUUUGUAUAAAGGUAUAUCUGCUCCAAUCUUGAUGGAAGCACCAAAGAGAGCUACAAAAUUUGCUGCUAACGAUGAAUGGGGAAAAUUCUACAAGAAUGCAUUUGGCGUUAAGACUAUGACGCAAUCAUUGGCCAUCUUGACCGGUGCUACUGCUGGUGCUACUGAAUCCUUUGUUGUUGUUCCCUUUGAGUUGGUUAAAAUCAGAUUACAAGACAAAACUACAAAAUUCAACGGGAUGGGGGAAGUUGUUAAAGAUAUCGUCCAAAAGAAUGGUGUUGCUGGAUUGUACAAGGGACUUGAGUCGACGUUGUGGAGACAUAUUUGGUGGAAUGCGGGCUAUUUUGGCUGUAUCCACCAAGUCAAAGGUUUAAUGCCUAAACCAAAAGACACGACACAAAAGACUUUGGUGGAUUUGACUUGUGGUACAAUUGGUGGUACUUUUGGAACUAUAUUGAACACACCAUUCGAUGUGGUCAAAUCAAGAAUUCAAGCCGGAUCAUCAAGAUAUAGAUGGACAUAUCCAUCAUUGCUUAUAGUAGCAAAAGAAGAAGGAUUUGCCGCAUUGUAUAAGGGAUUCAUUCCAAAAGUCUUGAGAUUAGGUCCUGGUGGAGGUAUAUUAUUGGUUGUUUUCACUACAUGCAUGGAUUUCUUUAGAAAAAUGCGUGAAGGAAAGUAA